AUGUCUCCAAAAGUUUGGCUCAUCACGGGGUGCUCCUCCGGUUUCGGCGGCUUGCUCGCGAGGGCUGCCCUGAAGAACGGUGAUAAGGUGGUCGCAACGGCUCGUGACCCGAAGAGGAUCGAUGACCUAAAGGCGCUGGGAGCCGUAACCCUAGCUCUCGAUAUCUGCGACGCAGAAGAGAAUAUCAAAAAAGCUAUCGCAAAUGCAAACUCUGUGCACGGACGGAUAGAUAUUCUGGUCAACAACGCCGCCUACCUCUUGGAGGGAACCGUAGAGGAAUCCAGCGCAGCAGAAGUAUUCAAAAUCUUCAACACCAAUGUCUUUGGGUCCCUGACGGUAAUCCGCGCAGUUUUGCCCUAUAUGCGCGCGCAAAGGAGUGGUACUAUCGCAAACAUGGGAUCCAUCGGCGGCGUUAGGGGAACGCAGGGAGCGGGGCUCUACUGCUCGACCAAGUUCGCCCUUGCAGGUAUCACAGAGUCCAUCAAGGCUGAGGUCGCGCACCUGGGCAUCGACGCUGUCUGUAUCGAACCCGGCUACUUCCGCACAAACUUCCUGGCACCAGGACACAGGACCCCGACUGCUGUGCGGAUCGCCGAUUACGACCCUGUUAUGGAGCCCAUCAGGAACACCUUCGACACGUACGACAGAGCUCAACCGGGUGACCCGCAGAAGGGCGCCCAGCUGAUUGUCGAGAUCCUGACAAAGUCCGGGAGAGUCGCUGGGAAGGAGGUCCCUGUCCGUACGCCCAUUGGCUCAGAUGCUAUCGCUUUCAUCAGCGCUAGGUCGGAGGAGACUUUGCAGACUAUGAGGGAAUGGAAGGAUCUCUCUUCUUCCACUGACCAUGAUGACUUGAAGAAGUAGUUGCAUUUAUUCAAGUUGGGCUUGCUCGAUACGGCAGUUUCUUAUCGAGAUAUCUUUUUGAAUGUUAUGGAGAUUAUUGUUAUGAAAAAGCAAUAUUUACUUUGUGCAAA